UCACGGCCCAGCAGGAAGCCUACUCUGUGGAGAAGACAGCAGCCUCACAGGCCCAGGUUGGUGCCACGGAAGUCCUGGUCACAGCAUCAGUGCGGCUGGGGACCCUCGAGAGAGGCCUCUUGACUCCCACAUCUCCCAUCGAGGACACCUGGACAAGGACAUGCAGACCAUGGCUUUGCAGCUGGCUCAAUUCCCCCUGGGGUGUGGAAGGAUCCCUGCCCUCAGCAGCCUCCUGAUCCUGUUUCUGAACCUCGGGUGGGUGCUGUCUACCACGGUUCAUUUCAGAGACACAAGACUGGCUCAACCGACCCGUGUCCCGUCCAGGGUCCAUCAGGACAGAGAGGAGGGCUGCCCCCCCGGACACCAACCCAACAAGGUGGACGAAAACCUGCUGUUCUACGAGGAGUGGGAGCUGAAGGUGUGUGUGGAUGCGGCACUGCUUGAGGAGGAGAUGGACCUGGUGAACAAGGUGCCCUUCACCCAGCAGCAGCUUCACAUCUUCAAGGACAAACUGGACCAGCAAUACCCACAGGGGUACCCCGAGAGCCUGGUCAGUACACUGAAGUACUUCUUCCUGUUGAUGGAGCCCGAGGACAUCCACAAGUGGAACAUCACGUCCCUGGAGACUGUGGAGUCUCUGCUCGAAGUCGCCAAAGGGCGCCAAAUGAGUGCUCAGGUGGACGCCCUGGUUGACCGUUUCAUAGUGGGGCAGGGGCAGCUGGACCGGGACAUAGUAGCCAAGCUGGAAACCCUUGGCGUUCUCCGUCCUGCCCACCUGUGCUUCCUCAGCCCUGAUGUGCUGGCCUCCAUAAACCAUACCCUGCUUUGGAAAGUUGAGCCCCAGGACCUGACAGCAUGUGAGCCCCUCCAGAUAGAGGUCCUCUAUCAGCAGGCCCACCAGGCCUUUGUGAACCUCAGUAAGCUGGAAUACUUCUCGAGAAUCCUGCCCUUCCUGGGUGGGGCACCCAUGGAGGGCCUCCAACUUCUCAUCGAGCAGAAGAUCCAUGUGGACAUGCCCACAUUCAAGAAGCUACAGAGAGAAGUGGUGCUGUCGCUGACUGUCCCUGAGGUGGAGAUGCUCCUGGGUCCCCACGUGGAGCAACUGCUAGCAGAGCAGCACCACAGCCCCGUGCGGGAGUGGGUGGCACGGCAGCGGCAGAGCGACCUGGACAGGCUGGGGCUAGGGCUCCAAGGUGGCAUCCCCAACGGCUACCUGGUCCUGAACCACAAGUUCCGAGAGGCCCUCUCCCGGGGCCCACAGCUCCAAGGACCUGGACCUGCGCUGGGUGCCAUCCCACUCCUGCUGCUGGCUGCCCACCUGAGCUGAGGCUACCCAUGGCAGAGGCUCCGAAUUCGGGCCAUCCUGCCACACCCACCUGGCAGCCCUGGGCAGUCCCAUCUCACCCGCAGACUGAAUAAAGGACACAUCCCCUCCGCAGA